AUGGCACAGGUGAGGGUCCUGCAUAAAAUCAUGGCCCUUUUACCUGCUAACAGCAUACCUGCUAUGAACAACUCUGACACUCGCAUAGCAGGCUGCUUCCUCACUGGCAUCCCUGGGCUGGAGCACCUACACAUCUGGCUAUCCAUCCCCUUCUGCAUCAUGUACAUAGCCACCCUGGCAGGCAAUGGCAUCCUAAUUUGUGUCAUCCUCUCCCAAGCAAUACUGCAUGAGCCCAUGUACAUAUUCUUAUCUAUGCUAGCCAGUGCUGAUGUCUUGCUCUCUACUGUCACCGUGCCUAAGGUCCUGGCCAAUUUCUGGCUAGGAUAUAGCCACAUUUCCUUUGAUGGCUGCCUCACUCAGAUGUUCUUCAUUCACUUCCUCUUUGUGGCCGACUCUGCUGUCCUGCUGGCCAUGGCCUUUGACCGCUAUGUGGCCAUCUGCUCCCCUCUGCAAUAUGUCAUGAUCCUCACAAACGAGGUCAUUGGGAAGAUCGUCGCUGCCGCCCUGAGCCGCAGCUUCGUCAUCAUGUUUCCAUCCAUCUUUCUCCUCAAGCGCCUGCACUAUUGCCGGAUCAAUAUCAUUGCACACACAUUUUGUGAGCACAUGGGCAUUGCCCAUCUGUCCUGUUCUGAUAUCUCCAUCAAUGUCUGGUACGGGAUGGCAGCUGCUCUUCUCUCCACAGGCCUGGACAUCAUCCUUAUUACUGUUUCCUACAUCCACAUCAUCCAAGCAGUCUUCCGCCUCCCUUCUAAAGAUGCCCGCUCCAAGGCCCUGCGUACCUGUGGAUCCCACAUCUGUGUCAUCCUACUCUUCUAUAUCCCUGCCCUCUUUUCUGUCUUUGCUUACAGGUUUGGUGGGAGACACAUCCCACGCUAUGUUCAUAUCCUCCUGGCCAACCUCUACGUUGUCAUUCCUCCUAUGUUCAAUCCCAUUAUUUAUGGAGUGAGAACCAAGCAAAUACUGGAAGGGGCUAAGCAAAUGUUUUCAAAUCUUGCCAAAGGAUCUAAAUAA